UAUAUUCCGACAUUUUCCUUCGGUGUAGCGUCUGGGUUCAGGACCCCUCGCAGAAUGUCAGCGGUGUCCGAAAUUUCGGAAGCUCCAUCCGAGAUGACACCGGAUCCGGAAACAGGAGAGGAGACGGGAAGGGACACAGACGGAGACUUCUCAUCCGGAAACGAAGAAGAGGCGGAAGAAGACCCGGAAUUGCACCGAACCAAGUCCGUGGGCUCCAUGCCAACAGAAGCUGUUCAAGGAAUUUUGAAGAAAGAGGGCACACAGCGGCUGAAACGCACCAAGUCUGUCACACUCAUCCUCCCGGCUUACAUGGAACAGGCUAUGGACAACGAGGAAGGCACUGUCAUAACACCUCAGUCUGACUCCGAAGACGAGGACGAGGAAGAAGAUCCGAAGGAGAAGAAGAAGAAAUCCAAAAAGAAAAUCAAAGGGCCCAAAGUUGAAUUGCCCGCAUUAUCGCAAAAACGAACACCAUAUGGACAGGACUUAAUAGGAUAUCGCAAGUCGGCGGAAGGGAAGACAAAGCGGUACUUAAAGCAAAACUACAACAAGAAGAGACGACCCAAGGGAUGGCACAGAUACUCCGCUGAUGAAAAGCGUGUCGCUUGGGGCCCUGCUAGACCGAGGAUCAUACAAGGGGAGCUGUUUAUGAAGCAUUUCCGAAAGGCGCUGUACUAACAAGACUGGUGGUGUGGAGAGUCAUGCGAGACAUCGUUUGCUACACUCAUAGCUUCGCUUCAUGUAAUCGUGUGUUGCUACCCUGUCAGACAUACAGUCAAACAUGUCUAUACUGAUCACUCGCGGGGUUUAAAUAAAACAUCCACAGUAGACACAACGUGGCCUCAAAAGAGAGGAUUUAUUUUACCUCCUUUAAAACGAAUCAUUCGGUGUGUUUGUAACCAUGUGCGUCCGCAGUUGGUAAUUUGAUUUAAAUGUUUCAUCAUUUAUUAUGUAGUUUCUACGCUUACCAUGUAGUCCCUUAUGUGAAACGUUAGACGGAGGUGAUACUUGUGGUGCUGCAACGAGGAAUGGGCUUGGAGGGCGGUGUCGUUACAAAUGGUAAACAAUCACUUGCUACUGUCAAGCUAAAUAGAAGAUAUUCAUUUCACUUACUUGGCUAAGGUUAAUAUUUUGCGGUAAUCUUUUAAACAUUUGCUGAUAUGUAUAUAUUUUACUCAUUUGCCUGCAAUAAAGCUAUAAAAGAUA